CUCGUUCCACUAGUUAAGUGGAAUUGUUUAAAAUUUAUUGUUGGAUUAAAAUAAGGAAAAAAGACUUCUUUAAUAAUUAAUUAAAGUGUAUAAAUGAACAAAGCUUAUUUAAACCAGUUCACUAAAAACAAAAACUAUGUAACAUAUUGUCUCUGUGUAUAUUUAAAGCUGGAUUUUGAAGAUCUUUGAGAAGUUUGAGAAUAACAUAAUAAGCUAAUCAGCUGUUUUGAAUCGACGUGUCAAAGUGACAGUCGCCAGCUAGACUGGCUCCUCAUCACUCUUCAUCAUCAUUAAUGCAACAUGUAAAAUGUAACAAGUCUUAAGAAAAUGCAUCUCUUUGCUAAAUCGCAUAAAUUGAAACACAUGUUUCUUUCGAUCGUCAUUCUCUUAAUUAUUGGGCCAUCUGGGGCUUUAAGUUUCAAGAAUGUGGAAGAAAAAUCGAUUACCUCUGAACCUGAUUCUUUCGUGUCUGUUCAAAAUGCAAAUUCGUUGACUGCAAAGCCAGAAAAUGAGCAACAAGAAAGUACAACCAGGGCCAGUGUGGCAGAAAUUACCACCGGACGAGGACCAACUCUGAAUUCAAAACACGAGGAUCAGAAUAACAUUGGUUCAUCGACAGCAAAAUCAACAUCUCCAGCAUCAAAUACCAGCAUCAAAGCGCCUGACAAAAAUGCUGGUUACUCUAGUUCUACCCAAAGUUUUGACGUGAUGAAUUUUACAAAUAUUAGCACUACGACUAUUGUACCUGCUGAACCAAUUUUACCCGACAAAGGUUCUGCAGAGGAAGAACACAAUAGUUCAAUGUCGAUUUUCUUCGUACUCUGUGUUUUGGCCCUGGGAAUAUUGCUGAUUCAUUUGAUGCUGCAGACGAAUUUCCAAUACUUGCCAGAAUCGGUUGUGAUUGUAUUCUUGGGAGGUGCAAUUGGCAUGAUAAUUAAUUUAAUGUCUUAUAAAAAUAUUGCUAAUUGGCGAAAGGAAGAAGCCUUUUCACCAACAGCUUUCUUCCUUUUGCUUCUUCCUCCGAUAAUAUUUGAAUCUGGUUACAAUUUGCACAAGGGAAACUUUUUCCAAAACAUAGGUAGCAUUAUAGUUUUUGCUAUAAUAGGUACCACUAUUUCGGCCUUUGUUAUUGGAGCAGGAAUAUAUUUACUUGGUCUCGCAGAUGUUGCAUAUAAGCUGAGUUUCGUGGAAAGUUUCGCUUUCGGAUCUUUAAUAUCAGCUGUAGAUCCUGUAGCAACGGUUGCGAUUUUCCAUGCUUUAGAUGUUGAUCCAGUUUUAAACAUGUUAGUCUUCGGAGAGUCUAUACUCAACGAUGCAAUUUCUAUCGUUUUAACUACUUCUAUAUUAGAGUCCAACAAUGCAGCUACUACGAGCGAGGCUAUGCUUCUAGGAAUAAAUAGGUUUUGCUUAAUGUUUUUUGCUUCGGCUGGUAUCGGAGUCCUUUUUGCACUCAUUAGUGCUUUAUUAUUGAAGUAUGUGGAUCUUCGGAAAAAUCCGUCUUUAGAGUUUGGGAUUAUGCUGGUGUUUACUUAUGCACCGUACGUCUUAGCCGAAGGAAUUCAGUUAUCAGGAAUCAUGGCAAUUUUAUUCAAUGGAAUUGUAAUGUCCCACUAUACUCAUUUUAAUUUAUCAACAAUAACGCAAAUUACAAUGCAACAAACUAUGAGAACCUUAGCUUUCAUAGCAGAAACUUGCGUUUUCGCAUAUUUAGGCCUGGCACUCUUCAGUUUUAGACACAGGGCUGAACCAGCUUUGGUUGUCUGGUCCUUAAUCCUGUGUCUCAUUGGACGAGCUGCAAACAUCUUCCCCUUGGCUUUGCUCGUAAAUAAAUUUCGAGAGCAUAAAAUAACGAAAAAAAUGAUGUUUAUAAUGUGGUUCAGCGGUCUUCGAGGUGCCAUAUCCUACGCACUAUCUCUUCACUUAAACUUUAGUGACGAGACGAGGCAUGUUAUUAUUACAACUACCCUCAUCAUAGUAUUAUUUACAACCUUAAUUUUUGGUGGAUCUACCAUGCCUUUGCUGAAGUUUCUUCGUGCUGAGAAAAAGCAGAAAAGUAGCAGGAGGAAGAGGCGAGAUAAAGAAAUUUCACUUAGCAAGACCAAAGAAUGGGGUCAAGCGAUAGAUUCUGAACAUUUAUCAGAGUUCACCGAGGAAGAAAUAGAAGUGUCUUUCACGCAGUCAAGAAUGCGAGGCUUUGCCAGGUGGGAUUACAAAUUCUUCAUUCCCUUAUUUACGAGACGCUUCACGCAGCAAGAACUGAAAGAUUGCAAGUCUCAAAUGACGGACCUAACGAAUCAAUGGUAUCAAGCGAUCAGGAUUAGUCCUAUAGAAUCAGAUGAAGAAACGGCUACCUCAACUGCUCAACUGAGCAGCCUUAGUAAUAACAAC